UACAUCAAGAUCCCCGCCCCGUCCCCAGAUGCCUCGGACGCACUAAGGGUAUUUUCCUUCUACCUGUCCAGUGAUAGCAAGGACAAACCUCAGGCCAGCUUCGACUGCAUACACCAGUAUGUCUCAAGGUAAGCACACACUACUGUUUUCACAGUCAACCACAGAUGGAAUUCAGUCAGUUCAGUCAAAUUGGGACCACAGGACUUCUGAGACACUGCUCUCUUUCUCACACUCUCUCCCAUUGCCAACAUAAGUAACCCUUGUCACCAUUUGACCGCUUCAAAUGACAGCUUAUCCUCAGACAAUUUUUCUUACCAUUGCAUGUAUAGUACAGUUCAGUCUUAUUUUAGAACUACUCAUAAACUCUGUCCUUUUGAGUUAAGCACUUUCUGUUGAGCUCUUUUUUGUCCUUUGAGUUACUGUAAGUACCAAUUUAGCAUACUGUGUUGCUAACAUUUGACAGUUGAGGUUGGUUGUCUCUAGACCUUUGACCUACACAUGUCUGAGGACGGUGAGAUCACGGUGUUUGGGGCCAUGUGGGGUCAAAGGGUUAGUUGGAGGGGUAGAGUUGUGACGCUCUGUUUGCCCUGCAGCUCAAAGAAGUCUUGUGGCUUUACAAUACUUUACUUGUUGUACAGCUUAAUGCCUUAACAUAGGAUGUGAGGAAUGAGCAUGAGGACAGAAGUCACAGAACCAGUCAUGGGAGUGAGACACAUGUCACGUAGACAGAAACACACAAAACACAUUUUCAAGAAAUGCUCUAUUGAUUUGGAAGUAGUGUGAGAGUUUGUACAUUACCUUUUGCUGCUAUGUGAGCCUGAUCCUCUCCUCUCCUCGCCUCGCCUCGCCUCAGGGAGGGCAGGGAGCACCUGGAGGGCCAGGGCAGUAUUCAGGACAAGAUCACUGUGUGUGCCACUGAUGACUCGUACCAGAUGACUCGGGAGCGCAUGUCUCAGGUGGAGAAGGACAUCAUGAGCAGGUCGGCCAUCGAGAUCAAGCCAGGCUCCACACGUGGUAAGUCUGCAGUCACAGGCUGCUUUUUCCUCUGCUGGCUGAGCUAGGUCCAAACCAGCUUCACACAGAGCCCUUUACCUUUGGGGAUCAAGGGCAAAAUAAUGGAGGUGUUUUAAUGUUCUCUGAAAGCUUCUAACCCAUCGCCUUUUACCAUCUUGUCGUGCUGAUAAUUGCCAUGUAGUGUGGAAGUUAUCACAUAAUUGAUUAAAGUACUGGGUUGCAAUUAUUCAUGUGAGAGAGGAUACCUCUUUUUCUUCUCCUUUUCCCUUCAUUUUAACCAGAUUGCUCAGGCACGUUGCCAACCUGCCUGCCAGCUCCAUUCAUGUGAUUGAGUUUGCCAGAAGUAUGCACUAACAAGUCUCAUGCUGAGUGGAUUAAGUUUUGCCUAAGAGUUUAAUUACAGUGGCUGCGAUUCAAUUCGUUUUCAUCAGCUGAAAUACUGAAUUAUUGUAUGCAGAUUCUCUGAAGCAAAGGCCAUAAUUCACCAUAAGUAGUUAAGAACUGACGAAGAUCAGAAUCAAAACGCUGUCUAUUUGUGCCACAAUGUAAAUAUAUUAUUGUGGGAGCAUAGCAGUGCUGUAGAUAUCUGUAUACAGCAUGUGAACCAGUGGUCCAAGCACUGCUGCUGCUACUCUGUUUAUUAUCUAUGCAUAGUCACUUUAACUCUACCCACAUGUACAUAUUACCUCAAUUUCCUCGACUAACCGGUGCCCCCGCACAUUGACUCUGUACCGGUACCCCCUGUAUAUAGCCUCACUAUUGUUAUUUUACUGCUGCUCUUUAAUUAUUUGUUGCUUUUAUUUCUUCUUAUUUUUUUAUUGAAUGUUUCUUUGGUAUUUUGGGGGGAUUCAUUCUUAAAACUGCAUUGUUGGUUAAGGGCUUGAUUUAAUGUGCAUUAGUUAUAUUUCAUGCAGGAGGAUGCAUACACAGGCAUACUUCUGUGUCUUCUGGUGGGUUCUAUCUCAUAGUCUGAAUGGACAGACUACCGGUUACUGAUGCCGUGUAUUAUAACCUGGACAGACGCGUAGAACUGCAGUCUUCAUGACAUAAUAUGUAUGUGUGGGUUUAAGCCACGUAGAGCUCUUCUUUGCCGACACUGACAGUUUUACACAUAUUGUCUAAAACAUAAAUAGGCUGUGGGACUAUUUAAGAUACUAUUUGAAGAGGUAGGUUUUCAGAUGUUUUUGGAAGAUGGGCAGGAACUCUGCUGUCCUAGCUUCAGAGGGACCAUUGGGGUGCCAGGACAGAGAAGAGCUUGGACUGGGCUGAGCGGGAGCUUCCGUCCCAUAGGGGUGGGAUGGCCAAGAGACCAGAGGUGGCAGAACACAUGACAUGCCAUGCUCUGCUGUUGAAAUAGGCUUUUUGAGGGCUCUUGCAUAAUCCUGUUCAAGGUAGCUGUCAUGUUGAGAUUGCUGUGUAAUAUCUCUGCUGAAUGGGUGCAAAACAAAGACUGAAUUCUAAUCCAAAUAAUUCAUUUUACAUGAAAGUUAAUCAAGUGAAAAUGAGGACGUCCACUUGCAACCUUAGUCUGGGAACAUUGACAUUGGUUUCAUAGGGUUUAAGGCACACAACUGGACUCACUUUCCCACAGCAUGGACAGGACAGUAAGGCACCCAUUCAAAGGGAACUGAAAUUAAAGGGUUAUAAACUAUAUGUCAUAUGCGCUACUGUGCACACAAACCUCCUUUGGUAGCCAGCAGCCAGCAGUAUUUCUGUGGUACAGUAAUUCUGUACCACAGAUAAAAUAAAAAUGAUAGUUUGCAGGCUAGGAGAAUGGCUACGAUUUAGUUUUAAUGUAUGGCUCAAAUACUUUCCCAGUGAAAGAAUUUUUGAAGAAGUUCUGUAAAAGGCAUUUUAAAGUCAUCUCUGACCAUUUUAUACUGUAGCUGUACAAAACUGUCUUAUAAAGGGAAUGUGUUUUAGUUUAACAUAUUCAGUGGCGAUAGAAGUAUAGUGAAGCUAUAUCUGGAAACCACUGGCAUCCCCAUCUCCCACCACCUGUCUGCUAGUAUUGAGGUUAAGAAGGGUUAGGCCUGGUUAGUCCAGUUAGUGUUAGGUCUGGUUAGAAUCAUUUAUCUUGUUAGGAAAAGGCCUGAGAACAUCAGGUAGCAGUAGAACAUGCUACAGCACUCCUCCCUCUGGUCUAUAGGAAGGCCUUUACCCCCAAGGAGUGAGGAAUACCACACACUGUGUGCAGUCUUUCAGUUAAGAUAAUAAACCAAGAUCCUAACUCUGUGAUCACUAAAGAUCCCAUGGCACUUAUUGCUAGAGUAGGGAAUAACCCCACCAUCCUGGAUAAACUCCCAACCUGGGAACCAUGGAGAACUCAGCCUGUUAUAGGCUCACUAUCUCCUCACAUCUCUGCAUGAUCUGGUGUCAGUCUGACGUACAUUACUUAUGGUUGUGAUACACUACACCUUGGUGACAGAUGGGAUGAGGAACACCCAUACAAUAUCAAGCUGAGCCAUUAUAUAGUCUUUGGUGUAACCAUACAUUUUGGGUGAAUGCUACUGUUUUGGUUUCAAUGUUAUCAACAUGGUUGUGUCCAAACGUGAUUAUUUAGUUACUGCUUUAGAUUUUUUUAGGGCACGUUUCACAAAUAUUUUUUAGCAACAAAGGAACCAACCCAUAUCAUAUUUCUGAUAAGCUAAGUAUGUUUUAGUCAAGCAUGUUCAGUGUUCUGCUGGUUUCAUGUAAAAGCUAUACAGUAGACAGAAUGGCGCUUUGCAAACCUUCCCAUAACCAACUACAUGACAAGCAGAUUUAAUUUAUUGUUGUUAGCGUCUAGUCACUGCAUGUUUAAAAUGUUGCAACACAGGCUAUUUCACUACACUACAGGAAGAUAUUGAACUAUAAAUUGUAUGUGUCUUGAACCACGGUAAUCAAGCUUUGGAAACUUCAUUGCAUUUGGCAAAAGCAGAGAUUUACCCUCAGGCCUAGAGUUGAUUAAAAUUACACCCUUUAAUCUUACUGGGGUUCAUAGUAUAUGUUGAUGAUAUCCUAAUUUCUCACAUUAUGAAAAUGUCAGGAAUUGUUUGUGUAACUGUUAUGCAAAGCAUUUCAAAUAGGCGACCUUGAAGAAUACAGACAUUUUGAAGACUUGUUAACCAAUAUGUUUUUAAAGCUAGAAUCCUUAGUUGAAACAAUAACAAAGCAUUUCCCUUCCUCUGUUUUGGUAAAAUGCUGAGUGAUGGGCCUUGAGAAGUGAAACCACUCUCAUAGACAGAGCUAUGGAUGCAAGGACUGACCAUCUAUGAUAUCAAAAUGAUAGUUUUAACCAUGCUUUGAGGCUAUACAGUGUUUGUUUACAUUUACAUUGUUUCCAAACAUUGGAGUUUUAGAAGUUUAUAUUUUGUGUUCUGAUGGGGUAAAACAGUUGAACUAAGCUCAUAAGGCAUUUAUACGUUUUAUUCUUCAAGAAUCAAUGGGUAUAUAUUAUUAAAUGGAUGUAGCAACUGCAGAUUCUAGCUUUAACAUUAUUACAUUCCAGUUGUGCAACAACUGUGGACUUUUAGAAAUGUCAAAUUGAGUGCAUGGAGCCAGAUAGUAUUUUACGGAGUAUGUAAAUCAACUAGGUCCAUAUGUCAUAGAGUGAAUCAACUCUUUCAUGUACAGUGCAGCUGAGUUCUAGCUUUACAUAAUGCAGUAGAUACCAGAACCACUCUGCUUCCAUGAAGAGGCUGUGCUUUUCGUCCUAUAGCAACCUUCAAAGCAGAGCUUAAACUUUUAAUGAGAUCAGGGUUGGGAGAUAUAUCUAUAAGCACCGCCACGUCCUGCUGGCUUGGAGCCAGGAGAAUUAGUGCUGCAACAGGAAGAAAGGGCCUCUGUGUAUGAGUGAGGUUCUUCAGUUUCCAUGCUCCUCUGCUUGCACAGGAGCCGGUUAACUUCACUGGCAACUCUUUCACUGAACUCCCAUCCUGGCGCUGCGCACCAACACUUGAGUGUGUAUGUGUACAGGAGGCUGUUUGCGAUCUGGCUAAAUAUAUUUGUUCAGACGCUAUUUCCUGCUAGGGACACAAGGUGCCAUUCCUGUUUGCAGUGUUUGCAUACUGUAUUUAUGACAGACAUCAUCUGUCAAGACAAAGCACAUCUGGUUUUACUUCCGGCCUGUGUCUCACACAUUAUACCAGGCCUUUUUUGCAUAACUGGCCUGAGGAUUGGCUGAGAAUUGGCACUGUGUUGAGUUGCUGGGCUAUUCAGAGAAGUGGAGGUCUAUUUUGAAUCCUGUUCAGAGGCAGUCAGAACAAGCAUAAUCCUCCGUCCCGCGCUCGGCACAUUUCCAGUGUACUGCUUGGCUUUCUAUGAGCGCUUUGGAUUAUCCAAGUGAUAAUUGUGGUAAUUGCUGAAACUUUCACUGAAUGACAAGAGCACAAAACCACUACUCGUUACUUGGUAACAGUAGCUUAGAUGUGUAAGAAGGUAGCUUUUAUGUCUAAAAAAUUGUGUGUAUGUCACUAACAUUGUUCUCAUCAAAUGGCACCUCUCUGUGUAUCUACCUUUCUCUGUCAGGUAAAUGUGUGAAGAUCCAGAGGAAGCAGGGCCUGUCGUCAAACAUGGACAUCAGCAGCAACAGGCACUCCCCCAGCAGCAAGAGGAGCGGGGCCCCCAGCCCAGUGGCCCUCAGGCCCCUAAGAGACCGCAUCAUCCACGUCCUUGCCUUGAAGGCCUACAGGAAGCCUGAGCUUCUGCUGUGGCUGGAGAGGGAGAGGGCCAGUCCUAAGGACAAGGCUGACCUGGGAGCAGUACUGGACGAGGUGAGACCUCUAGAACACAACACGACACUACAAUAAACUGUACUCUGGCACUAGGCUGCAGGUGCAUGGUAGGCACUGGUUUCACUGAGUGCAGAUCAAACUCAAUAGCGCACAACUUUUGCAUAUUGUAGUCCAAUUGUAAUGCAUUUCAAAUGAAUAAACCUAAUCUAUUUUGGUAAAUGAAACACAUGUAAAACAUCACAGCAACUUUAAAAGUGCCUCGGGGAUUCAGGUGCAUUUAUAAGCAAUUAUAAAUCCCUCUAGGGGUUCCAAAUGUAAACACUGCAGAGUAGCCUCUCUCUCUUGCUGUCUCGCUCUCUUUGUCACGGAGGCAUUCUAGGUAGACUAGAUUUGGUACUGCAUUUGUGACUCUAACUGGGCACAGCCUGCCAGUUGAUCCUUUUUUUAACCAGGGUCAAAACUGCAACUAACGCUUCAGAGACAGAGGGCUAAAAUGUGUUUGUCAUUGAUUUGCAGGUUGCUAAACUGAAUCCCAAAGACCACAGCUUUACUCUGAAGGAUGAGUUCUACAGUCACGUCCAGAAGGAUUGGCCCGGUUACCUAGAGGAAGAGAAGCAGCUCAUCCAUAGGCUCCUGGCCAGGUGGGUGUGGCUUGUACUUCUACUCACCUGUCUUCUCUAGCACCAGUGAAUAUUUUAAUAUUACCUGUAUAUCAACAUGAUGUUGGUGUCAUGGUGGAGAGUCCCCUUGUCUGUAGUUUAUCUUAAUGUAACAUUGUAAGCUUCAGUAAUUGGAUUUUUAUUUAUUUUUAUUUUACCUUUAUUUAACUAGGCAAGUCAGUUAAGAACAAAUUCUUAUUUACAAUGACGGCCUACACCAGCCAAACCCGGACGACGCUGGGCCAAUUGUGCGCCGCCCUAUGGGACUCCCAAUCACGGCCGGUUGUGAUACAGCCUGGAAUCAAACCAGGGGGUCUGUAGUGACGCCUUAAGCACUGAGAUGCAGUGCCUUAGACCGCUGCGCCACUCGGGAGCCCAUUACCUCUCCUCAGUAGCGGGGUGCUCUGAUGCUUUUUGACAACGUGCUGGCGUUAAGACUGCAGGCCCACUGGAUUACUGUGGCAGGCCGCUGUGAUCAUGUUGAAAGGAGAGACUCUAAAUGACUAUUUCUCUGCACAGAUAAAUGUCUUAAUGGGCACAUUUAUCAAAGUGGGGAGAGAAAUAUUCUCUGCAUGGUGUUGCCAAAUAGUAUUAAUGUAGAGGACAGCAGCCUGGCUGAGCUUUUUAGAAUGAGAGAGUGGAUAUCCACCUCCUGCCUACUUACUGUGCAACUGACUGUUGCCCUUCUGUUUACACUACUGACUCAGAUGUUAUAAAGAGUGUUGUGAAUGUACAUGAUACGGGUGCUGUUGACUUGGCUCAUAACUAUAUGACCGUUCAUUAAUUAUAACGAAGAGCCUUUUCUUAUAGUUUAUCUCAGAUAGCAACUUCAUUUGGAUGUGGUUAGUAUCAGAAUCCAACCAGGCUGGUAGCCUAGUCUGUCCGAGGGUCUCAUGUCUGGAAUGUCCUGAAAGCCAGUGGUGCUUCCAGCAGAUUCCAUUGAUCAUCUAGUUAAAAUGGUCAUGCUGCUCCUGUGGGAGGUAUGAUUGAACUCUGAUUCCAGUGAGGUUUCUGUGAGGAAGGAGCUGGAGGAAGCAGAUUGCCAGUGGAGAGAGGAGUGUUUAGCCUAACAGAGCCUGCAUCUGGCACCAUUGUUCUCCUCACUGAGGUGACUGGACACUGCUCCGCAUUAGUGCCUGCCUCUUACAGAUGUAAUCUGUGUUCUGUAACCUAGAAACACUACAGACAGCCUAACACUUUGAAACAUGCAGAAAAACUUGUCAGUUUCACUCUGAGGUCAAGUGUAGAAAACUGGUGUGUUGUAAAAUAUGUGGGAGUGUAAUGUCUGUCUGACAGCGUGGUUCCAUUUGUUAUUUUGCAAAUAUGAAUAUAAACAGCAGCGUCUAAGGCAGACUUUGCUUGUAAUUUAUGUAUCUUGAUCCUGAAGUUACAGUAACCAAAUGGUUAUUUGUGUUUUGUUUUGUUUUCCUCUGUUAACAUGGCCCCACCUCUUUCACUUCACUGGAAACCAUACAAUUGCAGUUGGAGUUUGAACCAUUAUUUACAAACUAAUACGUCUGUCCAAAGUGAAGUUUAAAGCUUAAAUGAUCUGCCCUAACAUAAACGGAAUAGCAAAGUAAAAAUGUCUUCCCCUUCUAAUGUUGCAGGAAACUGCAGCCACUGAGCUUCAGUAGCCAGUUGAAGAGUUUCCAGUCAAACCAUUCAUUCCACAAAACCCCUGGGGAUUCUCCGUCACAACUCAGCCCAGUCAAGACUCCCUCUGUGGUAAAUACUCACCUUCCUAACUCUAAAAUAAUUUCUACAUCCUGCCCUUCCUCACUGUUUCUUUUCUUAUAAGCUUGAGAUUUAUUAGAAAUGAAAGAGAAUACAGAGAUUAAUUUCAAGGGUUAAAUUAUUUGUGUUUGAGUAGUGGAUCAGUGUUAUGCUUUUUGACAAGACGUGGGCUUACUGCAAAAUAAGAUUGAGUACAGGAGGAAUGAGAGGAACGUUUCUUGGUGUGGCAGCAUCUGCUUUUUAUUUAUGGGAGUGCUGGAGGCAGUUCAGUCACUGCCGUUUUCAGGGGCCAGUUAGGAUGUUUUAAUGGUUAGUCUUCACCAAGAAGUCUUACAGGUAAAACCUCUUCUCUUCCCCUUCUCAUAGAAACGCCCCUUGCCCUCCGACCUAUUUGAUUUUCAGACCCCCAAGAAGCAAAGACUAGAUCACAGUUUACCCCUGCAGUCGCCUUCCAAUGGACACCUUGGUCCCAUUGGAGCCCGUAGCUCAUCUGGACCAGGCAACACCAGUGUACAGACCAAAACAGAGUUUGAGAGAACCAACAAUCAUGUCCAGGGAAGCCCUAAUGGUCUCUACACACGGCACAAACUGGAUGGUUCCUCCAGUAUUCCCAAGCUGGAGAGGACAGAGCCGGUCCCAGCAGUACCAAGCCCCAAGGCCCCACAAACUGAGCCCUCCAUCUGCACUGACCAGCAGCUAGCUGACGGCCAGCACAAAAAGAAGAAGUCCAAGAAGCACAAAGACAAGGAACGGGAACACUUAAAACAAGACUGGAUAGAGAACAGUCCCGACCUGAAGCAGAACCAGGAACAUCUCAAUGGUAAGAAAAGCACACUUUGAUUCCCAAUGUAAUUUUCAACAAAAUCAUAUAAUUUUGAGACCGUGUUGGCUGGAAUGAUAGCAGAAACAAAACAUGUUGACAAUGAUACAGUAAUCAUAUCUAAGGGUAUAUUUACAGCAGAGUUUCCGAUAGCCGCUUUUUUUUAAGCCAAUGAAUACAAUUGGUGCCGGUCAAUUUUCCGGGAGAAGAAAAAUCCCAUUGCGAAAUAAUGCUUUUUAGCCUAUUCAUUGAUGGAAAUACCAGUCGAUGUAAAUACAUUUGACUGGUCAUGCUUAUCGGUCUAUAGGUUAAUUUGCAUAAUUUAGUGGAAUUAAAUUGGCACAUGGGUACAGUAUAUUUGUUAUGUAUCUUAUAUAUCACAUAUGUACAGCAUCUCAAACAACAAACAUAGGCAACGCAAGGCAGGCUUCAUCAGCAUAUCACACACCACUUUGCAAUGAGCUGGAGGCAGUAUGCAUUUAGAAAACAUAUGCUUAAUUGUUUGAAACCUGAACGUUUUAAUACAUAUUAUGAGGCAUGUCUUACCUUGCUUCAAAGUAGCCAAGCCAAAAUCAGACCAUAUCUGUGGAGGCAAUUAUUUUAUAUCAACUUUCUUUCAUUGUCCAGUAGCCACAAUCCUAGUCAUAUUAGCAACCCAUACUAGUUGUUGCAUAUUUGAUCUCCCCUCUUUCAACAUUUCUACCCCUACCUACAUGUACACUACCGGUCAAAAGUUUUAGAACACCUACUCAUUCAAGGGUUUUUCUUUAUUUUUACUAUUUUCUACAUUGUAGAAUAAUAAUGAAGACAUCAAAACUAUGAAAUAACACAUAUGGAAUCAUGUAGUAACCCAAAAAGUGUUAAACAAAUCAAAAUAUAUUUUAGAUUCUUCAAAUAGCCACCCUUUGCCUUGAUGACAGCUUUGCACACUCUUGGCAUUCUCUCAACCAGCUUCAUGAGGUAGUCACCUGGAAUGCAUUUCAAUUCACAUGUGUGGGUUGCCUUCUUAAAAGUUAAUUUGGUGGAAUUUCUCUUUUCGCUUCUUAAUGUGUUUUGAGCCAAUCAGAUUUGUUGUGACAAGGUGGGGGGUGGGGGGGGGGGGGGGGGUUGGGGGGGGGGGGGGGGGGGCGGGGGGGGGGGGGGGGGGGGGGGAUACAGAAGAUAAGCCCUAUUUGGUAAAAGACCAAGUCCAUAUUAUGGCAAGAACAGCUCAAAUAAGCAAAGAGAAACGACAGUCCAUCAUUACUUUAAGACAUGAAGGUCAGUCAAUACGGAAAAUGUCAAUGAACGUUUCUUCAAGUGCAGUCGCAAAAACCAACAAGCGCUAUGAUGAAACUUGCUCUCAUGAGGACCACCACAGGAAUGGAAGUCCCAGAGUUACCUCUGCUGCAGAGGAUAAGUUCAUUAGAGUUUCCAGCCUCAGAAAUUGCAGCCCAAAUAAAUGCUUCACAGAGUUCAAGUAACAGACACAUCUCAACAUCAACUGUUCAGAGGAGACUGUGUGAAUCAGGCCUUCAUGGUCGAAUUGCUGCAAAGAAACCACUACUAAAGGACACCAAUAAGAAGAAGAGAUUUGCUUGGGCCAAGAAACACGAGCAAUGGACAUUGUGUCCUUUGGUCUGGAGUCCAAAUUGGAGAUUUUUGGUUCCAACCGCCGUGUCUUUAUGAGACGCGGUGUGGGUGAACGGAUGAUCUCCGCAUGUGUUUUUCCCACAGUAAAGCAUGGAGGAGGAGGUGUAAUGGUGUGGGGGUGCUUGGCUGGUGACACUGUCUGUGAUUUAUUUAGAAUUCAAGGCACACUUAACCAGCAUGGCUACCACAGCAUUCUGCAUCGAUACGCCAUCCCAUCUUGUUUGGGCUUAGUGGGACUAUCAUUUGUUUUUCAAGAGGACAAUGACCCAACACACCUCCAGGCUGUGUAAGGGCUAUUUUACCAAGAAGGAGAGUGAUGGAGUGCUGCAUCAGAUGACCUGGCCUCCACAAUCCCCCGACCUCAACCAAAUUGAGAUGGUUUGGGAUGAGUCGGACCGCAGAGUGAAGGAAAUGCAGCCAACAAGUGCUCAGCAUAUGUGGGAACUCCUUCAAGACUGUUGGAAAAGCAGAUGAGAGAAUGCCAAGAGUGUGCAAAGCUGUCAUCAAUGCAAAGGGUGGCUAUUUGAAGAAUCUCAAAUAUAAAAUAUAUUUUGAUUUGUUUAACACUUUUUGGGUUACUACAUGAUUCCAUAUGUGUUAUUUCAUAGUUUUGAUGUCUUCACUAUUAUUCUACAAUGUAGAAAAUAGUAAAAAUAAAGAAAAACCCUUGAAUGAGUAGGUGUUCUAAAACCUUUGACCGGUAGUGUACAUAUUACCUCAAUUACCUAGACUAACCUGUACCCCUGCACAUUGACUCGGUUCCCCCCGAAUAUACAUUUACAUUUACAUUUUAGUCAUUUAGCAGACGCUCUUAUCCAGAGCAACUUACAGUUAGUGAGUGCAUACAUUAUUCUUUUUUAAUAUAGCCUCAUUAUUGUUAUUUUAUUGUGUUCUUUUUUUGUUCUUUUUUUUUUUACUUUAGUUUAUUUAGUAAAUGUUUUCUUCAUUCUUAUUUUUCUUAAAACUGCAUUGUUGGUUAAUUUGAUUUGAUAUUUUCGCCCUUUUGACAUCAGUGUUUUCCCGCUAAUUGUAUUAUGGAACGAACAUUCAUGCAUAGUCUACUGCCUUGUGCACAUUGCUGUGCUUAUAAUGUGAAGAAACAAUAGUUUAUCAACAUUUUAAGCUAAAUGUUCUAUUCUGUUGCAUCAGAAUCAUUGCUUUUUAACAUUUUUUUUUUUUUAUGUAGCCUAGGCCGACUGGUUGUAUGAAUUUGGGAUCUAUCGUCCCACAACUGUCCCAGAGUCUGUUUGGAAUAGGCUAUUUCUUUCUAGAAAAGCUGACCAAUAGAAUAGGUUUACUUUUCUACAAUGGGGGAUUGUAGAUUUACAUAGCCUAGUGAUUUUGCUGUUCGUUACUCCUCUUGCUGGCUGAGGAAAAGUAAAUGUGGACAGUUAUUCUAAUAUCUACAAAGUGCACAUCAGACUUCGGUAAGAAGGACUGCACAACGUUGCAUCCUCGACUUGCAUGUUCUGUUAAUAUGAAUGACCAUAAUCUAAAGGUGAUUUCUGUCAUUCUGAGCACCGUGGGUGGACGCCCUAAUCAGGUUACGUAUCCAAUGCAUAUGGGUCCAGUCAAUUUCUGAAAUGUCCGGUACAUUAAAACGCUGCCGGUCACAUGUCCGGCGCCACAUUUUCCUAACGGAAUCCCUGUUUUACACUACUUCUGGCCUAUGCCCACAUUAAAAUCAGAGCAGUUUAAUCAUUUAGAAGAAGCACCUAAUCCGUUUAUUUGAGCCAACAAGAUUACAGGAUAGACUGCCCAGGAUUUGUAUACAUACGAAUAAACACUUUCCAUAUAUACAUAAACACUGUCAAACACUCUCCACAUUAUACAAAAUAGCAAAGAUCACAGGCAAAAUGUCUGUUUUUAUUACACAUAUUUAUUGCAGUAGUAAAGCAACUAUAUCAUUUGGAAAAGUAUUAUGAAACUUCAAAGGGACCUGUCUCAAAUAGGUUAGGUGACUUAUCGAGAAGGCUCAUGGUGAAUUGCUGUAGGUUUUCAACAGAGUGACAAUAAAUCAGUGAUCUGAAGAGCAUUUCCAGUGGAAAGGUGAUGUGUAUGUAUCUUCUGCUAGCACCCCCCAUCCCUUUCCCUGGCUAGUGUGUAGAUGAUUGACUGUGGAACAGCUGGGUGACCCACGGUCCAUCGAGUCAGCAGGCUGUUCUGCCUCCCAAUCUGGAGCGCUGCUGGCGUCACUGACACUGCCUGCCUUGGAGCAGGUCUCUUAUCAGGAGCACUGAUAAACAACUCCAUCAGCCUUGGUAUGAUAUGAGCUUUUUCACGUUUGCAUUGGCAGAUUACAUUAACCUUUUUUCCUCUGCUUGUGUUUAUCUCCAGACCAUGAGGGGGCUAAAACACCUGUCACUCGUACGUCACCGGAGGAGCUGUCCGACUAUUUAAUGUAAGUUCAAACACACUGCUUCAUUCAUAAGUCCUCCAGAAUCGCCCUGGGUUGCUGAGUGGUGCUGCUAGGUUGAUCAGUUAUUUGAAGGCCAUUCAAACUGUAAAUAUGGCAGAAGUGAAGGCAGUAUGUGCUUUCAAAGUCUCAGGUUCUGUUACUACCAUCUGUUGCUUCAAUGUUUUUGUUUAAUGGUAUGACUACUUUAACCACUUUUGUUGUGAAAGGAAAGUGAUUUGUUCGAAAAGGGCUGGAUUCAGCUUGAAAACAUUCACAUAAAUAGUGGAAAAUGUGAACGUUUAAAUGGUCUGUCACAUGUUCAGUAAUAACACAGCUUUACCGAGAAUGACUUAGAAAACGAAUGACCUAAUGUCUUACAUUUCUACAUCUUGAGAACACAUCUCUCUGUGAAAUCAUUGCUGAGUCAAAAGCCAUUCAUUUUGCUAAUCUGCAGUGCCACCUGCUGGAGAGACGAAUGCAUAUUUAUAUAGAUGGGUUGGUUGUUUAGUAGCCUCUGCUGAGUCCGGGAUGUCCCGGUUUUCAGGGGAAAUGGAAAGAGAGCCUGUGACACAACUUCCACUUUGGAUGUUAACAAGGCGACACUCCAUCUUAACUCCUCCUCCACAUUUUCUGGAUUGGUUGAACCGUGCAAAAGAAAACCUCCCCUGAUAGUUUUUUUUUCUUCUCAUCAGUAUGUAGGGGAUCUAGUUUAAGGCGUUUCUUUUACGCCUGCUACGUGGCGUAAAACAGACAGGGUUGGUUUAGAUUAUUGACAUCAUGUAAACUAUAUUUCGUCUCCAAUAUUUAUUGAAAACAUAAAUACAUUUGCACAAUGAGCACUUGUUUUCUCUCAAAUACAUCUUUACAGUUGUUGGUUAGCUAGCUAGCAAAGUUUAGCCAUAUUAGCUUAGACAGGAUAUCAGUGAAAACACCUCAAAACAAGACAUGGUAUCAAUAACAAGAUACAAUGACCUGAAACGAGCCACCUACGGUUCCCCACAUGGCAGCUUCUUGUCAUUGUUUCUAUCUAUCUGGCCAUCCAGAAUCACAGCAAUACACGGCCUUCUGCCCCAUUUGAAGCGUGCGCAUCUUUUUCUGACGUUGUCAGCUAACCCGUCUAUUUCUACCUCCUGAUGUGGCCAUUCCACGUUGCCUGUCACAGCUGGCCAGACUAGACCAGACCAUAGCAGAUGGAUGCCAUGGGCCUGUGGUUGUUGAAAUGACAGCUCACAAGAUGUUAAUGUCUCUCUUUCCAGAAAGUACAACACCAUCACAGCCUCAGAGCAACGGCAACAGUACAAGGAGGAUUUCUGUGCGGAGUAUGAUGAGUACAGGGCCCUGCACCACCGGAUCGGUACUAUCACAGAGAUGUUUGUUCAGCUGGGCUCAAAGAUCAACACUCUGUCCCCCGGUACACAGGAAUACAAGGUAUGAGCAAGGAACUGACGUCACUUCCAUACACAAAUCAAAACACUUCUGUUUAAACAUUUAAAGACCUGGCUUGAUGAACUUCCAAGGGUUUACUAAAUGUCUUGUAUUUUUCCACUCUUACAGCUCAUGGAGGACCAAAUACUGCAGAAAUACAGAAAAUAUAAGAAAGUAAGUAAUGCAUGAGCAGGGAAUAUAAUUGAAUUAUUUUAUAGCCUGUCUUAUCUACUGUAGCCUGUAUGGGUAUCACAAAGAACUUUGACUCAUACCAGUGAUAUUAAUGUUGUUAUUAGGAUCAUUAGGAGCACGGCGCUUGUAACGCCAAGGUAGUGGGUUCGAUCCCCGGGACCACCCAUACACAAAAAUGUAUGCACGCAUGACUGUAAGUCGCUUUGGAUAAAAGCGUCUGCUAAAUGGCAUAUUAUUAGAGGAGGAAAAAGUACCCAACUGUCAAACUUGAGUAAAAGUAAAGAUACUUUAAUAGAAAAUGACUCAAGUAAAAGUGUCACCCAAUAAAAUACUACUUGAGUAAAAGUAAAAAAGAAUUUGCUUUUAAAUAUGCUUAAGUAUUAAAAGUAAAUAUAAUUGCUAAAAUAUACUUAAGUAUCAAAUGUAAAAGUAAAAGUAUAAAUAAUUUCAAAUUCCUUAUAUUAAGCAAACCAGACGGCACUAUUUUCUUGUUUUCUUAAAUUUACGGAUAUCAAGGGGCACACUCCAACACUCAGACAUAAUUUACAAGUGAAGCAUGUGUGUUUAGUGAGUCCGCCAGAUCAGAGGCAGUAGGGAUGACCAGGGAUGUUCUCUUGAUAAGUGCGGGAAUUUGACUAUUUUCCUGUCCUGCUAAGCAUUCAAGAUGUAAUGAGUACUUUUGGGUGUCAGGGAAAAUGUAUGGAGUAAAAAGUUACUUUCUUUAGGAAUGUAGUGAAGUAAACGUAGUCAAAUAUAAAUAGUAAAGUACAGAUACCCCCAAAAAACUACUUAAGUAGACUUUAAAGUAUUUUUACUUAAUUCCUUACACCUCUGAGGAUCAUAUUUUCCCAUACGCUACACGCCCCUCUACUUUGUCAAUGUCAUCAUAAUGCCAGCUCUCUGACGGCCUUCUGCCUUGUCUUUGCAGAAGUUCCCUGGUUACCGGGAAGACAAGAAGCGAUGCGAGUAUCUGCAUCAGAAACUGUCUCACAUCAAAGGUCUAAUCCUGGACUAUGACUGUACCCAGGGCCCUUCAUAGUGACUGGCCUGCACCCUGCUGCUCCAGGGUGUUACUGUAUCAAUGGACCAAAAGACUCUCCAUGGACCAAAAGACUGCCCAGGCGAGCCUGGGUCUGGAGCGUCAUGGACUUUAAUCACAUAUGAAUCACACAUUCACUUUACUC